AUGGCCUCUCCACCAACUCAAACAAUAACACAAGUAACCGAUAGAUGCCGCGCCAUCGUGCUCAAACUAAAGUCUCCGACAACGGAUUCGCGUCAAACUGAAUCAGCACAAAUGGUUGCUGGGGUGCAGCGACGCGUUGAUGCGAUAUUUGAUCAACUUCUCAACAGAUACGUAUACCAUGAACAGGAGCGUAUUAACCAAGAUUUACUCGCUAGAUUAAAAAAAUCGAAAGAUCCAGAUGCAUUUUUGGAGGUAUUCUUGAUAGAAUUAUACCAAGAAGCGAUCAGAGAAGAAAAGGAAUCCUUGAAGGGUCAAAUCAGUGAACAAGAAAGACGAGAAAUGGAUAAUCUGUCGAGAAAAGCAUCUGAUGCAAAACAAAAGAUGGGUAAAAACGUGAUGCAAGCUGAUUCUGCUAAUCCUCAUAAAGAAUCUUCGGUGUAA